AUGGCUGCGACGUUCCUCAUUACCGGCGCGACCGGCCUGAUAGGCUUCCACGUGCUUCUCGCGGUACUUGCUCAAGGUCAUCGGGUGCAGUACGUGGUUCGCUCUGCCGAAAAGGCCCAGAUGGUGUCAUCGAACCCGGCAGUCGAGAGACUUGCGCCGGGUGACUGUCUCGUCCCUAUCGUCAUCCCCGACCUGACUGUCGCCGACGCCUUGGACGCGGCGAUGCAGGGCGUGACGCAUGUCAUCCACUGCGCGUCGCCCGUCCCCGCGCCCUCGGCCGACCCCAGGACAGACGUGUGCGAGCCGACAAUCAUGAUGUCAGCCAACUUGCUGAGCGCAGCCCUCAAGACGCCGAGUGUCCAGCGCGUCGUCCUCACCUCGUCCAUCGUGGCCAACCUCGGCGUCAUCCCGCCCCAGAGGUUCGUGUCUGCCACCACGCGCGCUGUCCUUCCCCCGAUGCCCAACGUCUACAAAAAUGUUUUUGAGGCGUACCUGCUGGGUAAAGUGGUCGAGAUGCGCAACACGGAUGAGUUUGUCAAGUCCAAGAGCCCGCACUUUUCUGUGUCUUAUGUUGUGCCGGGGUACGUCUACGGGCGCAACGAGCUUAUGACGGGGGACGCCCAGGCCAUGAAGACGCGCAACAGCUCCAACAAUCUCUUGAUGCUGGCUUUGACGGGCGGCAAGCUUCCGUUCCCGGUGCACAACGGAUUUGCACACGUGGACGACCUGGGGGAACUAUACCUACGCGUAGCCCUCCUUGAUGCUCAGAAAGCGAAGGAGGAACGGCUGCCGCAAGAUUUUGGCAUGGCCGUCAAGGUCGACUACGCCAAGGUGUUCUCAUACGUCAAAGCUGCGUAUCCCAAGGCUGUAAAGGAGGGAAUUUUCAAGAAAGGGAACCUGCCCAGCUUCCAGACGUUUUAUGACUCGGACGCUGCAAAGAAGGUGUUAGGGAGGGACUUUAGGAGCUUCGAGAGUGCCGUGGUCGAUGUUGCAGGGCAGUAUCUCGAGAGGUUAGGCAAGGAGAAGGCGUGA